GGUGCCUAAGGCUGAAAACUCUUCCACUUUCUCCCCCCUCACGUGAGACCCUCAGCUCUUAUUCCCGGAUAAUGGGUCCGUCCACUGUGUAGCAAGCAAAUGGGACGUCCUGCCGUUGCGAAGAGUGGACGAAGAACAGAAACCAGACCAAAAUGUAUGCUUAGUAGGUUCUUCGUCAUACUACUUCGUUUUAACUUGAUAGGCUUUGCCGCUUUAUUUGAAAUGACCCCGUUAGGCGAUCCCCGAGAUCCUCAACAAUGGUUCGUGAGGCACGCGAUCUGCGCAAUAACCACUAACAGACCAUGUGUUCGCUUCACUUCUAGACCUUCCCAAGGUGGUGACUGGAUUGUUGCUUCCAUUCAUGAUGGCAUUUCUCUUGAUGUGUCUAGCCGAGUCCUGGUAACUAGACUAGGUCCCCCGCAAUAGCUAUGCCCAAUUUUCAUCGCGAUACCAUGUUAUAUAUCGUCGUCCUCCUGACACUGCGUUUAAUGA